UGUGCAUGUAACUAUGUAUUUCCGUACCGCAAAAUCCUCAGUCGCGACUAACAACAAUACUACAUUGUAAAAUUCAAUUCUCUACCUACAGGCAAGAGUAUUCGCCCUAGGGUCCUUCAAAGCUGCACAGAGAUUAACUAGAGGUACUUGUAGAUACCUGCAUUACCUGCAUACCUACAUACAAGCAGUGCAGUUAACCCGGAAGUGGCAACAGCACAGUGAGUCCUACAUACCUAAUGUAUGUAUGUUCCAAGGUUACUAUGUAGAACCUGGUCCCUUCCAUGAUCCCCGGGCGGGCCAUCACUUAGGUGUCGAAGCUUCUAAAUUUUUUAGGCCUAUCAUAUCCCUAUCAUGUCUCUAUCAAAGCCCUUCAGGUCUAUCAAUAUGUCCCUAUAUCCACUAAACAAUUGAACUUGACCCUUCUAUCCCUUCUGUAACUGUAGAUUGUAGUGCAUUGCGACGUCGACCCCAAACGCCAAAAAAGAGAAGGAAAAAAUUUAAUAAAUGGACUUUCUACUCAUAACCACCAGGAGAAAAUUCAAUUAAUACACCACGACGCCAUCACUUUCAUCAAUUUAAAAUACUACUUUCAUCUCCAGAUAUCUCAUUAACCCUGGAGAGACAUUCGUUUUCAUGAAAAACGGAUGUCGCGGUGGUCGAUGCUAUGACUGAGGUCGUGCCCGGCGACCGCACCAAGCUUCUGCAAUCCAAGCGGGCAGAAUGCAGUGCAAUCGCACGGUCGAGAAAGAGGAAGCUUUGUGUGUUAUAUGCUGUCGCUACUAGUCCGAAUGGCCUCCCUCAGCGCAGCUUCGUUGACCCCGACGCGCCUCCGGCCAACGCUGCCGAGUCUCGUUUUCUUGACGGGUGUGACCUUUUACUAGGCAAGAAAUUAAACGAGUUAAAUAUUCCAACGCGACCACGAGCACGAUCCGAAUAUCCUUCUGUACCUAGACCAAGUGAAACCUUCAUUCCCUCGGGCGAAAACACACAUUCUACUACUCUUAAUAGGAAGGAUAUCGAUGCCAGCGUACAACCGAUUAUUGUGCAGCCACCUUCUACCUCGUCGCCAGCGCCAUCUGUGUCGUCGGUGCCAUCGCGGCCAGGAUAUAACGAUGGACAGAAUAAUACGAUUAAGGCGCUACCAAACUCAGGACCCGGUCUCGGGCCUGGGCCUGGACCUGGGCCUGUUUUUAAACAGCAGACUCAACCAAGAUGGCCUACGUUACCCGUCGAUCAGCAAGCAGCAAGACCAGAUAUCACUGCCACAACAAGCGAUCGAUCCCAGCCGAGGUUUCCACCUGUUGCAAAGGUAGAGAAUCCACCCAAGAAUACUGGGCAGAACGGUACCUCCUCAACCCCGACGAGCUCCCAUGCAACUCCGUCGAAACCGCCUCAAUCAGAAAUCCCCGAAAUCAACACUAGCAGACCGCAGCAGCAUCAAGAUCCUAAACCAGCAGAUAGGCAUCCUCAAUCUUUCAGCGGCGGCGAUCCGAUGGAUGUGGAUAUAAUUCUAAACCAGAAGCCUCACGAGCGAACAACUACAUUACAGCCAGCUGCUCAACCAAACGAUAUUCAUCCAGUGGAUGCUAUACCAUCCACCAACGCAUCUAUUCAAACGAUAACCAAUCCAGCAGUCUCUAGUGCCCCUAUCAACACAAGCCCGGGCCGUGAAGGAGUGGCAUUUGCAGGUAGCGCGGAGGCAAACGCAGUGGGAAUGAAAAACAACUUGGGCUUGUUGGAACAAAAUUCACAGAAUUUGAGGCCUUCUGGGCCAGUUGUGGCUGGAAUGUCCCAAAGCAAGCUGGAGCAGGCUAAAGUCCAAACGGCGGUACCAGAUUCGAAUAAUGCAACAAUGAAAGCAAAGAAUGACAUCAGGGAAGCGGGCGCAAUCAUCAACUCAGUUGAGCCACCUAAGACACCAUCAUCUUCCGUAUGCGCUCCGAUACCUGAAGAGCCGAAGGCAAUUGCAGUCGAUCAAGGCACAAAUGAUAUUCAUACAUCUACGAAUUCGUUUCGUCCUCCAGAACCUUUACAGCCUCCACAGUCUUUACAUUCUUUGCCUUCUUUGCCUUUGCCUUUGCCUUCUUCGAAUCCUUCACCGCAGCCUCCCAGUGAUGCUUUCCGUAGUCUCCCAACGGCGAAUAUGCGCGGGGAUUUGCACCAGACUCCCUCUAAACCAACAAACCCUGUCGUCUUCAAUAAUAACGAUAGUGCUGAUGGGAAUGGAUAUAAAGUCGAAGCUACCAGGGAAGAAAGUUCGGCCAUCGUCAGCGAAUCUAUCAAAGUUGAGCCUCAAAGCCAUGGUCAAGAAACCCAGAAUUCGCCCACACCAAUUAUUCCAAUUCAAGCGCCUCCUCCCGAACGCAAAAGAACGAGUAGUCCCUCAGGAGUCGCUCGACAGAAGCCAGUGGCCGAAAUCCUAGGCGAGCCGUUGAAACCAUCAAGGGAUCCGGAGGCUUCCAGCAUGACUGACCAGAAACCGUCUAUGGAAUCAAAUCAUACACCUCGGGGUCUUCUACAGAAGGCCAAUUCGAAAAAGAAGCAGCGAUCAACAACAGUUGUGUUCGGAAAUCAAGCUAAGCACGCAAUGAAUUCAGACAAUUCUCUCACCCAGAACCGCCCACAGGCACAGAAUGGGUCAAUGGCCAGCGAUGACUACUUCACACCCCUCUUCGUGCAGGCAUUUGCUACGAAUUCGAAAUGGAUGAAGCCUCUGGACCAGAUCUUACAUCAGGCCCAUAAGACCCUGUCCACACCCGACUCUUACACACAGAUAUUUGAAAAUCAGGCUUGCAAAGUCCUUAAAAGGGUUUAUCAGUUGCAGCAUCAUAACAAAUGGUCUCUGCGCCAGCCAAAGCGCUGUCCCGAGCCCACCCGCCAACCAUGUCAUUGGGACGUCUUACUACAGGAAAUGAAAUGGAUGCGAACUGACUUUCGUGAAGAGCGAAAGUGGAAAAUGGCAGCUGCUCGGAAUCUUGCCUAUGCCUGUGCUGAGUGGGUUUCCGCUUCGCCGGAGAUUCGCAAAGCCAUGCAGGUCAAUGCCGUCUCUCCUUCGGAUGAUAGACAAGUUUCCAUGGAUGAUGCACCUCAGAAUUUGGAUAAUCAACCAACACCGGAUCUUAUCCAGUGUGCCGAUUUUGAUUCGCCAUUGGAGCCGGAUGAUGAGCUACAAGACUCACUCCCCGACACGAUAGCGCCCUCUGCAAUAUUUGCUUUAGAGAGCGACGACGUAAUCUUUGCACUUCACCAGUCUGCAACUGCGGACCGCCUUCUCGAUGAGUUACCUAUGUAUGGAUCACCGUUGGAAGUUCCGAAGUCGGAUCUUACUGCGCCAGAAUACGACCCCGACGCGACAUGGAGGCGACCUGCUCUCCCGGUGAGUAAGUAUGUGGAGGGUCGGAUGGAGUUGGCUCCGAUGGAGCCACCGCGCAAACGGAGUCGCUAUCGCUAUAUACAAGAGGACGACGAGGAUGAAGAGGUCAUCUUUGAGAAUUAUAGUGGCAGUCAACCCCGACUCGAACCGCAAAAUCCUGAAGUUGCACUUUUCAGACCCGAAAACAAGAGUAUCAGAGAUAGAUUGCAUGCCGGUCACCAAUUCCGCCCACCAAACGAGCAUACCAUGCCCUUCCAGUCAUUUUACGAAUCUCGUAGUCCUUCGCAAUGGAUUCAGUCCGAGGAUGACGAGUUGAAAAGCUUGGUUCGGGAGUAUUCGUACAACUGGUCUUUGAUCUGUAGUAUACUUUCUUCGAAGUCUAUGUUCAGCUCUGGGGCUGAGAGACGGACGCCGUGGGAAUGCUUCGAACGAUGGGUCAUGCUCGAAGGUCUCCCUCACGACAUGCAGAAAACUCAGUAUUUUAAACUGUGGCAGGGCAGAAUCGAGGCAUCGCAGCAGGUUAUUCGGCAGCACCAAAAUGCAAUACAACAGCAACAGGCGGCGCAGCAGCAACAGGCUGGGAAUAAUACCCCUGUUGCACCUAUCCCCAAGCGGCGUUAUAAUGUGCCAUUGAAGGUUGAGCGACGGCGUAACCAGAAGCACCUUACCAUGAUCGAUGCGAUGAGGAAACUUGCAAAGAAGCGUGAGACCGCCAUACAGAAGCAACAACAUGCUGCGUCUCUUGCAGCUAUGAGGAAAACGAACGAAGCGCCACAGCCAAGGGCCCCGACGAAGACACCAAGGGAGUAUAGCAUCAUGCGAUUUGAACGAGAUCAGGCGAUGGCCGAGAGGCUGGCAGAGAGGAUGGCCCAACAACAACGUCAUGAAGCACAGCGCAGAGCUGCAUUGCAAAGAGCACAGCAAGGGCAACUAGCAGCUGCCCAGAAUGCGGCCCAGCUCUCGCAGAACAAUGCUCAAAUGGCAGCCUCCCAUCCUCACGCGGGUAUGGCCCGCGUCAAUGCUCCUAGCCAGAUACCAAUAAACGGCCAAGGACGUCCGCGUAUGCCGAUGCACACCCCAAAUGCUGCAGGGACUCCUACUCAUAUGGGCGGUGGACUUGUCCCCCCUAUGUCGAUGUCGAUGAAUGGUGCCAGCCAAGUGCAAAUGCCUUCCGUCAAUGGCCAGUCACGCAUGGCGAUGCCCACCACGCAACCAGAUAUCCAACUACUGAUGCAAGCGCAGCAGAUUUCCGAGCAACAGCGUCGGUCAGUGCAGAUACGGCAGCAGCAGCAGCAACAUCAGCAGCAACAGCAGCAACAGCAGCAGCAACAACAACAACAGCAUCAGCAACAGCAUCAGCAGCAGCAACAAUCCCAUCAAAGUCCUCCAGGAUCUGUGCCCUUACAGGGUUCGCCGCCUGCGAUGCGAGCUACUGCGUUGAACGGGAUGAACCAGAAGAGUUUCUUGAAUAACGCCCAGACACAAGCGAUGAUAGCUUCGUUUAAUGCCGCGAAUGGGUCGGGUAUGUCGACACCUCCAGGCCCAGCUCUCACCAUGACAUCCCAAGCCGGAUCGCCGCGACCAAGCGCGCCGAUACCUCAACCUACACAUCAAACAUAUGUCUCUCAACUUCAGCAUAUCGAGAGCCAGAUCAGACAACAACACCCCAAUACCCCACAAGAUAUGGUCCGCGAGAUGGCGAGGCAAUUAUUAAAUAGAAACCACAAUAGCCACAACCUUGCACAAUCUGCUAUGAGCGCCGCAGCUGGAGGCACUGGACAUGCUGCCGCCGCCAACGGCCCGCACCAGUACGCCCAACUUCUCCGGGCUCAACAACAGCAACAAGCGGCGGCUGCGGCCGCGGCGCAAGCCCAGCAGGCACAGUCGCAACAAGGACCGCAACAACAACAACAUCAGCGGAAUUCCAGCGGAAGCGCAACGCCGACUCCUUCAGCUCCAAAGUAA